AUGUUGCCAAUGAAUUUAAAGGACUUUGCAGUAGAAAAAAACCCAUCCAUUCUGGCCAAUUCUACACCUCAUAAUGUCAUAAACAUUACAGAUGCUUGCAUCGCUUCUGAACUAAAGAAUCGUGCACCUACUAUGGAAAGAAUUCUUCGCGCUGCCGUCUCAGGCAAAGUUAAACACACCGUUGAAGAAGAAUAUAAUGAGAAGGAUAAAAAAAAUGUGAGGGCUUUAAGCAUGGCAACUUCUAUAUUAUUAAGAUGCCGAAACCCUGCACUUUCAGCACUAAGUUACCGGUUGUCCUUAUUGUUGUGGCAUGGAGGUGCUGAGAAACAGGUACUUUAUUUUCUUUAUAUUUGUAUUGCAAACAAACAAGCGAAACAUGCAGUUUGCAUUUCUUAAACAUGAGCAAGUAGAAUAGUACUCACUUAUCACAUAAUUUUACGAGGUGACAGUUAGGCAACUUUAUUCAGACGGUUCAGUGUUUUCAUCUGGUUUACUCUAUCAACGUUUCUGUGAUUACAGUAGGAAUUUUGUAUGUGAAAUUGUAAGAAACAUAUGAAGCGACUAGGCAAGUGUUUUAACAAUGAAUCAGUUAUUUAUCUAUAUUAUUUACCUAUGCAAAAUUCCUAUUGAGUAUUGUUAUCACAAAAACUUUAAUAGAGUUUAACUAGCCUUUACUGAUUUCUGAGACGUUCAAAUGGCUUCAACACUGUCUAAUUGACCAUGCUGAAAGUGUUUGAUCAAAGAACUAUAUUGAAUGAAUGUUUGAAAGUGUUUAGUUGAAAGUGUUUAGUUUAUUAACACCAUAAGUCCCAUAUUAAAAUGGUGAUAAACAUGGGAGAGGUUUCCCCAUAAGGGGUUCCCCUGGCGGAUUUCCUUACUCUUCCUGGUGAUUAAUUUAAAAUUUAUACAGCCCUAAUGGUAGCCAUUAACAGAUGCUUAAUUGAUGCCAGCCAUAUUAACACAGUACUACUGCUUUAUAGCUAUUCAAAAGACUGAAUAGGUGGGGAAUUUCAAUGAGUCAUUGGAGAACUUUUUAAAGAAGGUUGAUGAAUUUGGCUUGAAUUUUGAUGAGCAAAUUAAGACAUGGAAACAAAUUCUUGAGCAAGGCCACAACCUUGAUUCGAAUCAGCUGUUAGAUUCAUCCAGAGUAUCAAUAAAGAAGAGCUUGUUCCAACAAGCCUUGUUGGUCCACCAAUUAUCACAACUGAAUCUGUCAGUGAUAGUCAAAUAGCUAAUCCUUCAUUUCAAACUGAGUCACUACAUAAAAAGUAUGGUAUUGAUGAGAACAUAUUAAAAGAGAAACUUAAUAAAGCUAAAGGUGCAGUUGAAGGAAGAAUCAACGAGGCUAUCAUCGACGAAGUCAUGGAUAAACUUAGGAACUUGUGUAAUUCACAUGCUUCAUACGAAGAAAACCUAAAAUAUACUCAGAUGAAAAUUGAAUUGUCUCAUGCCCCUGGGUAUCAACUGACUGGAGACAAUGUGGACUUGUAUGUUAAGGUGAAGCACAUGUCAAGCACAAAUCAGAAUUCCAGUAUACAUUGGUUUAACAUAAAUGCUGUCUUCAACAGAAUGAAUAAUAAUCAGCUGAACAAUAACACCAAUCAUGUCCGUUCUUGA